AGAGUUCCUUCUCAGCUCGGUCCUCUCCAUUGCUCUACAACUCAGAACAGCAACUGCUGAGACCACCCUGAGAAGAGGAUGAUCCUAAACAGAGCUCUGAUUCUGGGGGCCCUCACCCUGACCACCAUGAUGAGCUCCUGUGGAGGUGAAGACAUUGUGGCUGACCACAUUGGCUCCUAUGGCAUAACCAUGUACGAGUCGUCUGGUCCCUCUGGCCAGUACAAUUUUGAAUUUGAUGGAGAUGAGACGUUCUACGUGGACUUGGAGAAGAAGGAGACCAUCUGGAGGCUGCCUGAGUUUAGCAAGUUUUCAAGUUUUGACCCACAGGGUGCCCUGGAAACCAUUGCUAUCAUAAAAGAGCACUUGGAUGUCAUGAUGAAACGCAGCAAUUCUACUCCUGCUACCAAUGAGGUUCCUGAGGUGACUGUGUUUCCCAAGUCUCCCAUGAUGCUGGAUCAGCCCAACACCCUCAUCUGUCUUGCGGACAACAUCUUUCCUCCUGUGAUCAAUAUCACAUGGUUGAAGAAUGGGCACUCAGUCACAGAAGGUGUUUCUGAGACCAGUUUCCUCAUCAAGAAUGAUUAUUCCUUCUUCAAGAUCAGUUACCUCACAUUCCUCCCUUCUGCUGACGAUAUUUAUGACUGCAAGGUGGAGCACUGGGGCCUGGACGAACCACUUCUGAAACACUGGGAACCUGAAAUUCCAACUCCUAUGUCAGAGCUGACAGAGACUGUGGUCUGUGCCCUGGGGUUGGCCGUAGGCCUUGUGGGCAUCGUGGUGGGCACCUUCCUCAUCAUCCGUGGCCUGCGCUCAGGUGGUAUCUCCAGACACCAAGGGGCCUUGUAAGCAACACCCUAGAAGGGAAGGUACAUUUCCCAUCUACAAGAGCAGAAGAGUGGAUGUGCUAGAUGACUUAGCACUAUUUUCUGGUCCAGUUCAUCAUAUUCUUUCCUUUCUUCAACAUUCCUCCUCUCACCUCUUCUCUGGGACUUAAGGUGCUGUAUCCCCUGAGAGCUCACAUACCCUUCGGAAUUCUCCCCCGACUGCCUGAUUUUUUUUUUUUCUCUUCUCAAUUGUUAUCUACUAUGGGAUCCCUGGGAUAUUCCAUCCAGUUACCUAAUCCCUACUUACCCUGAUCUAACAUCUCCAUGGAAGAAAUAAAUUUCCCUUU